AUUGUCUUCUUCCACACCAUGUUCUUCGCUCGGCGAUCGGUAGCUUCGGCGCGGCUACUGCUGCGGAAUCAGCAGCCUCAUCGAUUUGGCUCUCAUGCAGCUCACCACGCUGCCCCCGUGAACGAGAGCUUCGGCCGGAGUUUCUACGUCACCGUCGGCAGCUUCGCUUCUUGCUACGUUAUCUACCGCAUUCACAAGGCCACUGAGGAGUCUGGCUCCCAGUCUUGGAUCUCCAAUCUCAUUCAGAAGUGGACUCCCUCGGAGCAGGUCUUUGAGCAGAGAAAUGCCAUCCGAACGGUGGCAAUGGAGAAGGCUGCUCGCGACCGCCACUUGUUCGCCAGUCAAGGUCCCAGUGAAACUUAUGGAUUGAUGCAGCCCGAGGUCAGCUUCCACGCCGUUCAGCCUUACAACCUUGUCGCCGGCGGUGAUGCGGACAUUAGCCAGGUGGUCGCUCACUACGAGCGCCAGAACCAGGCCAUCGAGGAGGCUCGCGUUGCCCGCAUGAAGGAUGGCAAGGUUGUUUCUCUCUAUGAAUAGUUAAGCUGAAUUGACUCAAAUUGUUUGGUCGCAAGAUUCCGUCGGUAGACCUGGGAAGCACGACACAUUGUACAUAUACUAGGACAGAUUCACAAGGUCUCAAUGUUUUUC